AUGGCCUCAGUCAGCGCAACGAAGCCCAUUAAACCGCGCAAGGACAACAGCGCAAUCCACAAAAACAACAGACAAAACAUAAGAAAACCAAAUCUAAACCGCCCAAAGAGGAGGAACAUAGUACGAUGGAAUCAGACUCUAAACAACAGACUCCUCCUUUGUAUCCAGAGCGCCUGCAACACCAAGAGCAUCAAACUGCCAUGGGAAACAAUUGCAGAGCUGAUGGGAGGUAGUAUCUCAGAUGGAGCAAUUACACAGCAUCUCACCAAGCUUCGUGCGAGGCUGGAAAAGGAAGGCGAACAGGUGCCGCCACCUUUGAAACGUGGGGGAGCAACCGUUGUUGGGAGCGCGAAUAGUAACGAUGGACCAAAAGGUUCUACGGCGACUAAGUCAGGCUGUGCCAAUAUGAGAAUUGACGAAUGGAGUGAUGGUGAUUGCGAUGUUGAUUCGGAUGAUUCAGAUGAUUCGGACGAUGGUGGCGCGGUGGUUGCUGCGUGCUUGAGAAACACGUACAAUCGCAGCAACGACAGCAACAGUAACAUCGAGAAGGAAGACGACGCGAACGCAGGUGGUGAAAUUGGCAAAGACAACAGCAGCGAAAGCAGUGGCGAAUAUGUUGCUGCAGGAGCCAGUUUCCUCCAAUUCCCAAACGACGGUGCUGCGUCGUUGGUGCCGAGUUACAACCGCAACGAUCACGACCACACCUAUAAAAACCAGGUCCAGCCAAAAAGCAAUGCUGGAUCAAAAGCCAAGUAUAAAGUUAGAGUUCAAAACCACACAAAAACUACUUCAUUGAGUGGGCGUUCGCCGCAGCAGAAAGUUGUCAAGCUUCGUAUACCGAAGGGCAGCACGGACAAUUGUGGCAGUAAUGGUGCUGUAGUGGGUGAUGGUAACGGUCAACAUGGCAAUGGCAAGAUCGAUGCUCUUGGACGCCAGUUUCCGGGUCAAAAUACUAGUCCCGCAUCAAGGGAGACAAUGUUGGGUAGCCCUGCAGGUACCGUUGAUAUGGACGUGAGGAAUAUCCAAACCAUGAUACAGGACACCGGGGCAGUUGGGCAUCCGCACCAACAGCACUACCACCAUCACCAGUCCCCGUAUGGCUGGCCCGGAUCCAACAGUAGCUCCCCGCAUGUAUCCACGGUGGAAAUGUUCCGGGGGCGCGGUCACCAUAUCGAUUAUGCCAACCACAGGCACAACAGCCACAUGGCCAGUAUCGGGUUCCAGCAGGAAGGCAAUUCUUUGAGCAUGAGGCAGGACGCCAGUAUAGGAAUGGGGCACAGCGCCACUCCAAGAUACCAUGACAAUAUACCCGAAGAAAUGUGGCAUAAUAGCCAUAACAAUAACCCACAUGUGCAUAGCAAAAACCCAUAUCACCUUGAUAUCACAAACAACAAAAGGCCACAUCAUUCCGCACAGGACCACGAUCCAUCCACGUACACAUCCCCACCAACCAUCCCAUACCGAUACAGAACUGAUACCGAACCCAGAACUGUCGGGGAAAGUGAGAUCGCAGAUCUCUCGUUCGCAUCUCCCGCCCUGGUAGAGCAUACACAGAUACCUGAGCAACAGCAGCAGCAAAAACAACGCGAACAGGCCCAGGAGACAGAUGCAGCAGCACUAGCAGACCAGGCCGCCAUAAUGGAUGGAUUGAGCGACUUGUCUCAGAUAAAUAACUUUGACGUUGAAUUCGCCCAGAUGGGUGGGGGCCAUGUUGAGGACCUGUUUGGCGCGUAUGGGUACGGAAUGGACGAAGCGUUGCUCUAA